AUGGCCUUCCGUCGCCCAAUUCUCUGCACCUUGGCCCUUGCUGCCGCGUGCGCGUGGCUCUUGCAGGCGCCAGUUCAGGAGGCCACCUUUGUCGUGCCAAACCGUGCCCUGAGCACUGUGGCACCUGGCAUUGCUGCGGAGAAGACCCCGUUGGUGAUCAUGCAGGCGCUGCCCGAGCCCCGCCCGAACGAUGCCAUGCUCCCUGUCGAGCUUAACCGAACGUCGCUCUACUGGGGCCUGCUCCUGAUUUGCAUUCUCUCGGUCCUCUUCUCCAGCUACUUCUUCAACUGA